AUGGAUGCUCCAACAGCCCAGAAAGUUAUAUUUGAUCCAGAAAACAACUAUAAGAUAAGAGUAAUAGAACCAGAGCAAUACAAGGAGACACAAAAACUCAAAGCAGGAUGCGAUCAAUUCUCAACUGAAGUAAAUGAUUUCAUGGGAGCAGUUAAACAAUUCCUUGAUUUCAUGGAAACGCAGAGUCGUCGUGUAGAAGAUCAAAAACUUAGAUCAAUUGCACUUAGAAAUCGCGUACAAGAAGAAGUUGAAUCUCGAAAGAGAUCUCAAAUAGAUAUACAGAAUGUUAUUGAAGCAAAGCAAAAGCAAUUAGAAAAACUAAAUGCGGAAAUACGUUCCUGGGAAGAAUACGAUAGACAACUUGCCGAAAAUAAAGAUAAACUCGCAAUGAUCUAA